AAGACUUUGACGGUUAGCUAGCAUUAUCUGCUGAAUUGUAGCGCUACAUGCUAGUCGUCCAAGCCGAGUCACAGAUAACAGGUUACAACGGUUAAUGAGCGGUGGGCUAUACACUAGCUUAUUUUAGUAACAAGAGAAGAACACAUUUACGAACAGGUUUAACAAGUUUUUGAACGAGAACGGUGUUGGAAGAUGAAUUUCUCUGAGGUCUUCAAACAAUCCAACCAGCUUUGCAAAGUUUCUCCAGAUGGCAAAUAUUUGGCUACCUGUGUGCAGUACCGACUGGUAGUACGAGAUGUGAGCACCUUGCAAAUCCUGCAGCUUUACACGUGUCUGGAUCAAGUAUCACACAUGGACUGGUCCUCUGACUCUCUCUUUAUUCUCUGUGCGAUGUACAAGCGAGGACUGGUACAGGUGUGGUCUCUCGAACAGCCGGACUGGCACUGUAAGAUUGAUGAGGGCUCAAUAGGACUAGUCUCCUCACGCUGGAGUCCAGACGGACGUCACAUUCUCAAUACCACUGAGUUCCAUCUGAGAGUUACUGUCUGGUCUUUGUGCACCAAAGCUGUGUCUUACAUCAAGCAUCCCAAAGCAUGUCAGAAAGGUAUUGAUUUCAGCAAAGAUGGAUGCUAUAUGGCCUUGGCUGAACGUCGUGACUGCAAAGACUAUGUUAGCAUAUUUGUGUGUGACGACUGGCAUUUACUGAGGCACUUUGAGACUGAGACGCAGGACCUUGCGGGAUUGGAGUGGUCUCCCAACGGCUGUGUGCUGGCAGUCUGGGACAGCUGUCUAGAGUACAAGGUGUUGCUGUACUCUUUGGAUGGCCGCUUGCUGUCAACCUACAGUGCCUAUGAGUGGUCACUGGGUGUCAAGUCUGUGUCCUGGAGCCCCAGCAGCCAGUUCCUGGCCAUCGGCAGCUAUGACGAAAAAGUACGCAUCCUCAAUCACAUCACAUGGAAGAAAGUAAAACAGUUUGAGCAUCCUGCAACCAUUGACAACACAAAAGCUACAGUGUAUAAGGAAGUUGAAAGAAGGCCAACUGUGGCCAGUGAUGAGAUGUCUCUACACAACGUCACAAUGGGCACAAGCCUCUUCAGCAUUCAGAGCAAAUAUGAGAUCUGUCCCUUGCCCUUCCAAGUCCCUGUGGUCAAACCAGAUCCCGACCGAGCCAACCCCAAGAUCGGUGUUUCUGUCCUGGCGUUCAGCUCAGACAGUCGCUAUCUCGCUACUAGAAAUGACAACAUGGCCACUGCUGUCUGGGUGUGGGACCUGCAGAAGAUGAGCCUGGAGGCUGUGCUGGAGCAGACAUCAGCUGUACGUUGCUUCCAGUGGGACCCCCGACGGCCCCGGCUAGCUCUGUGUACUGGAAACAGCAAACUGUAUCUUUGGUCCCCAGGAGGCUGUGUUUCUGUUCAAGUCCCCGCUGAAGGUGGUUUUCAAGUCCAGUCUUUAACCUGGCAUUGCAGUGGAGACUCUCUGAUCCUGCUUGGAAAGGAGCAGCUUUGUUUGUGUUACAUGGACACUGACCAGGAAGAAAAAAAGUAAAACACGUGUAUCUUUAGAAUGGCUAGUUCUCGUUUCAAGGUGCAUGAAACCGCUCACAUAUAUGCUGCACUGAAGACCAAUGGAAAUCUCUUAUGCUGGAUUGUAGAUGCUCACCAAUCCUUUGAGGUCCCCAGUGCAGGUUUCUGGGACCUUUUUUCUUGACACGAUUUAAGCAUCAAAACCAGAUAUGACAUUCCUACUCAAAGUCAUUGAGAUAAAUAUGUUAUUAGAUAUUUAAACAUGUACUGAAGCACUAGAGGCAGACACUGUGAGAAUACAAAAGUUCACAAAAUUUGUAGGUUUCACUAUAUUUUUGUAGCAGUUUUAUAUGUAAAUUUCUAUUGUCUAUUUGGAAUAAAGUCUUUUAUAAAUAAUGUUCUAUAAAGAGAGUUGACUGUGUGUAUGUUAUAUGUAAACUGUCAAUUCUAUUAAAGUUAUUUGCAUCUC